AUGGCGAAUGAAGACGCUAUAUUUCAGCAUGAUAACGCACCAACACACACUGCCUACGUUGUACGAGAAGCUUUAGAGGAGAUGAAUAUCGAGUUUAUGGAGUGGCCACCUCAUUCACCGGAUCUGAAUCCUAUUGAGAACCUAUGGGCAUUACUUAAAGCGGCAAUUUAUAAACUUCGACCUGAUUUGAUCCAUAUGAGGAAUAACAACGAAACAAAGGCAAUCUUAGUCGAGACAGCGCAACAGGCUUGGGAUGAGCUUGAUCUUAGCCAUUUUAGCCAUCUUUCGGAGACUAUGCCGCACCGUGUCGAGGCAAUUAUUGAGUCUCAAGGGUGGUAUACACCAUAUUAG